AUGUUCACGUCGAAGGAGAGGGAAGGUGCUGCGUCACCAGGGCCUGGAGCCUACUAUUCGCCGUCCCAAAUGAGUAAGAACUAUAGCGACGCCUUCGCACCUGCCAUACUGACGAUUGGCAUAGAGAGCUAUCUUCAAGACCUUCGCACAAACCGCCCCGCUCGUCCCACCGGAGCUCGACCUGCUCCUGCACACUUCAACACAUGGUCGAAUAGAUCCAGCAACCGAAUGUCCGACUCGACUGCCAUCUCCUCCCUACAGCGUACCUUCACAGACCCUGUCGUCGACGCCGAUGCACGUCCCGCUUCCUCGCACGAACCGAAGUCGCAUACCCGAACAACCUCCAAAGCGAGCCUAGAUGGAGUCGUAGCCAGUGUUGGAAGGCCACUAGUGCAGCCACCACGCGGGCGGGAGACAUCACGGUCUUCGUCACGAUCGCGCACACCCAGCGUGCAAUACCGCGAGAGGGAACAGCGCCAGGCAGAGCAGGACGAGGCACGGGCUAUACGCGUGGCCAUGGAGGACUUGGAACUUGCAAAGGAGGAGGGCAAGAUAUUCGAGGCCGCACGAGAUGAAGCCGUCGAAUUGGUCUGGAAGCAUUGCAAUCCCCAUGCGGCCGCGGCCAGUCCGACCAAACCGUAUGCAUACCCGGGUCUGGCCAGGAAGAACAGCGCGCAGAGGAGUCGGAGCGUCGAGCCGAAGGAUCAGGAUCUGCAACGGGCCAAUUCUAAACUGCGGAAGCGACAUUCGAUGGGGAGUGCCGCGUCAGGGAGCCGGAGUAGCAGCUUGCAGAGCAACGGCCGCGCAGGCGAUGCCGAUACAUCAGCUGCUGGAAUCGCGUCGCCUACCAAGAGCAGCUUUGGCAUUAUCAAGGGUAAGAACGGCGAGUCACCAGCAUUAGCCAAAGCCAUCUCAGACCUUCCAGACUUCAAGCAACGACGAAGAAGCAGCGGACCCCGUCGAACCAUCAGCGGGAGUCUUUUCUCCAACCCGAACGACCAGAUAUACGAAGAACCCGAAGAGGAAGCACCGCCUGCUCCUAAACCCACCCCCGCCGCCGAACCACCCAAGACCGAAAAACUACCACUAGGCAUACGGCGCAAUCCCUUUAUGCGUUUCCAAUCAAUCAAGGGGAACCCACUGGUGAGGUCCAGCACGGAUCCUGCCAUCGCGACGAAGCGUUUCGACCGCUAUGAGAUACAGAAGAACCCACCGACCCAAUCGAGAAAUGCAGCGUAUACCCUGAACUCGGCAGAAUCGAAGCCAGCAGAAGAUGUCAAGGCGGACGUGGAGAAUGUUCCCGAGGUGAAGAUGAAGGAUGGCAAGGAGAUCAGGAGCGACGAGCUGCGUGCUGCUACAGGCUUUCGUCUGAAGGACCGUAGUGCGAAGCUACCUACUCCUACAGCUGUCUCAGAUGCUCCAGGACGACCGAUCGUUUCUUUCCAGAAGAACUGGAAUGUCAUUGAAAUGAAGGAAGAGAUAUCUGCUGCACCCGAUCUGGCACCAAAACCUUUGAACACAACCAAAUCUGGCCCGCCGCCACUGGAGCACGCCGCAACUGAGCCUGUCGUACCUACUAUCAGUCUCGCACCAGAAGUGCCCAAACGAAACAUCACCCCAAGACCGCAAGUUCCAGAGAUCAACGUUCCUUCCGAGCCUAAAACCAGCCUCGCACCGGACGUACCAGAACGAAGCACAACUCCAAGACCGCCUGUGGCUCCAGAGGCUAACAGCUCGUCUGGUUCCGCGCCCGCACCCGGACGGUUCAACCUGAAAAACAAACCUACCAUCAACAUCUACGAGGACCCUCCAGCCCAAACGAGACCUCUGCCGCUCACCAGCUCGCUAAGGAAAGCCAAUAUACCAACUCGUCCUUCUGCUGCUCCUCUGCCUAGUAUCAACGUAUCUGACUCAGCGCCUGCGCGUUCGAGGACGACACCAGCGCCGCCAGUUCCUUCUAUUUCCGUGUCCGAGACCCCGUCGAUUUCGGCCAGGAAGAACAUGUUCAAUCGUGGCCCCUACGUUCCGCCAACGAGUGCUACGCCGCCUAUUCCCAGCAUAUCAGUCAGCGAGACUCCAACACCGAGACGAGGCUCUACAACACCUUCAAUCUCUGUAACACCGGAAGUCCCUUCGAUAUCCGUUAGCGAAUCACCGGCGCCAAACCGUGGAUCAAGAGGCAACGCUCCACCAAUUCCCAGCAUCUCUGUGAGCGAGACGCCCGCGCUGAGAAGGGGAGCGACUGCACCAUCUAUCAACGUGACUCCUGACAUUCCGACCAUAUCCGUCAAUGAGACCCCAGCUCCGACUCGCGGACGCAACAGCAAUGUACCUUCAAUCAACGUCAACCCUUCAGUGCCUUCGAUCAACGUCAACACACCCAAAGGCUUCGGCCCAGCCGCGUCAACACGACCACUGCCAGUUCCAAAUGCCCAAAACAAGUCUCACAGCUACAACGGCACAGCCACCCCUCGCACCCACUGGACCCCAACCACCGUCCGCACCGGCGCUCUCUGCGCCCAAUGCGCCCUCCCCAUCGCCGGCCGCAUCGUCUCCGCCUCCGGCGCGCGCUUCCACCCCGAAUGCUUCGCCUGCUACCAAUGCGGCGAGCACCUCGAAUGCGUAGCCUUCUACCCAGAACCCUCCAACAAACACGCCGAACGCGUCUCGCGCAUCCGCGCCCGCCUCUCCGGCGCCGACAUCCCGUACCUGCCCUCGCACCCCACCGCAGACUCCAUGGCGCGCCUCGAGCACGACGACGGCACAGACGAAACGCCCCGCUUCUACUGCCACCUCGAUUUCCACGAGCUGUUUUCGCCCCGCUGCAAGAGCUGCAAGACGCCUAUUGAAGGCGAGGUUAUUGUGGCUUGUGGUGCCGAGUGGCAUGCUGGUCACUUUUUCUGUGCCCAGUGUGGCGAUCCGUUUAAUAGCAACACGCCGUUUGUAGAGAAGGAUGGGUAUGCUUGGUGUGUUAAUUGUCAUACGCAUCGGUAUAGUACGAAGUGUAAGGGGUGUAGGAAACCGGUUACCGAUACGGUUGUUAAGGCACUGGGGGCGGAGUGGCAUGUUGGGUGCUUUGUUUGCGUUGUAAGUCUUGCCGGUCUUGUUCUUAGUUUGAAGUGA